AUGGCUCUCACCAAGAUCUCCCUGCUCGCUGGCCUCCUUGCCAGCAGCGUCCAAGCUCGGGUCCCGUCAAGGGCUGCCCAACGCCCACUCGCUUCCGACUUCCAGUGCGAAUUGCCUCCGGCUCUGGACCCGUCGUCAGAUGGCCUGCCGUCCGCCGACGAGCUCUUCUCGUCCGAGGAGGCACUCAUCAGACAGGUCGAGCGACACUCGGCCAUUGUCAAGAUAGACAGUGUCUGCUACGAUGAUCUUGGCCCCUUCGACGAGGAUGACCGCUGGCUUCCGUUCUUUGAUCUGCAUGAUGCGCUGCGCGAAACGUAUCCAACCGUUUACGAGCGCGCCGAUCUCGAAAUCAUCAACACUUUUGGUCUGCUUUACACCAUCCAAGGCAGUGACCCGGAAUUGCAGCCAAUUCUUCUUGCGGCCCAUCAGGACGUCGUACCUGUGGCCGACGAAAGCACCUGGACUUAUCCGCCGUUCUCUGCCCAUUACGAUGGUGAGUGGUUGUGGGGCCGAGGUUCCUUUGACGACAAGGACGCCCUUACGGCCAUCAUGUCAUCCAUGGAGGAGCUUCUUUCCGACUACAGCUUCCGCCCCAGGCGAACCACCCUCCUUGCUUUUGGCUUUGAUGAAGAGUGCUCCGGCUGGCGUGGUGCAGCUCACAUCGCCGACCACCUCCUGGAGCGGUACGGCGAGAACGGAUUGGCCAUUGUGCACGAUGAAGGCGGGCUCGGCCUGCAGACGCUCGGGGACGUCACUUAUGCGCUGCCGGCCGUCUAUGAGAAGGGCUACGUGGAUGUCUGGGCAGAGCUCAACAUCGUUGGCGGCCAUAGCUCCAUUCCCACGCCGCACUCGGGCAUCGGCAUGAUGUCCCAAUUCGUCAAUGAGCUCGAGGCCAACCCCUUCCAGCCCAAGAUUAUUGAGGAUGGCCCCAUCCACAAGCACUUGCAGUGCACGGCCAAGUAUUCGCCCCACGCUUUCCCCGGGCUGGGCCAUCUGCUGGAGAAGGGCGACCUAGACACUGUCGCCAAGAUCUUUGCCGACGCUCGCGUAGACACGCACUAUCUCAUCACGACGUCGCAGGCCGUCGAUAUCAUCAACGGUGGACAAAAGAUCAAUGCUCUGCCCGAGGUCACGACGCUUGGAGUCAAUUACCGCAUCGCGCCCCAGGACAGCCCCCUGACGGUGCAGCACAACGCCUACAAGUGGGCCAAGGAGGUUUUUGUGCCGUACGGCAUCAGGAUCAAGGCCUUUGAGGACGAUGAAGGCUACCAGAAAUACGUGGCCAAGGUUGAUCCCUCUGCGGUGCGCGACGUCACGCCCAAGUACGACGUCGAGUACAACGGCACCCUCACGCUGUACCGCAAGAAGGACGGCUCGGAGGCGACACCCAUCUCUCCGACUGAGGGACCCGUCUGGGAUGUAUUUGCGGGCACGAUCCGCCACACCUUUGCCGCCAAGGGCCAGACCAUUGUACCUGCAGGCGAAACCAUGACGGGCAACACUGACACCCGGCACUAUCUCAAUCUCACAAAGAACAUUUAUCGGUGGACUCCCAUCCGCCUUGGUGAAUUUGAGGGCUUGCAUACGGUGGAUGAGCGCAUCAAGAUGACGGGCCACAUCGAGAUGGUCAAGUUCUACUACAACCUCAUCCGCAACUUCCAGGCCCCGAUUGAUGGGGAGCGCACCUUCUCACCUUCAGAGCUCUAA